ACAAAUCAAAAAACUGUGAAAGCAAAAAAUUCAAGUCAAUAAAAUAUGAAGCAAACUAAAAUACUUCAGGUGCUCGACAGCUGGUAAACGCGAAACGGUAACACCGAGACUCUCUCUGAUCUUUACUGAUUAACAAAAAUUACGUAACGCGCCGUAAAUCACUAAACGUCGCCCAAUUUUUCAUGCUACGCGCCAAAUGAAAUGCAUUUUUUCAAACAAACCAAUCCAAUAAUCAAUUCAAACACUUAAAUUAUAACAAUACAAAGCAUAUUUAUAAAAAACAAAAAUUCUAAAGAGUGAUUGCUUCAAAAAAUUAUAAAACUAAAAUGAACGAGAAUUUUUAAAGACAAUUUUCAAUAUAGAAAAAUUCAAUUUCAAGUAACAAACUUCCACUCUUCAUAUAUUUGGAAAACUCAUCAAAAAUUGGUUCUGUGUGCGCGCCCUCCCAUCAUCCCGCGACCGCAACAAUGAGCGAUCCGCGGAACGAGUCCUUACGACAACCAACAAAUCGCGAUUCACCAACGCGCCGUGACAAACCGCAAACGCUCAGUGGCAUUGAAGCCACCAAAGCGCUCAAUCUGCAAAGAACUGCAUCCGGUGCAACAGACACAAAUAUGACGGAAACACAAAGUGACAUGCAGCAAGCGGAAUUAGCAGCGAAUUUGGCGCGAAAUCGGGUGCGCUCGCAUACAGUCGGUAGUCGCGGCAUCGACGACAGUGGCGGAAGUGGUGGUUCAACGGAUACGCGUGACGUACGCAAGCAUUCGUGUGAUGGUGUGGUUAGCAUUGGCACUGCCAGUAGAACUGGCAGUGGAAGUGGCAACGGCGGCAGCGGCAGCAGUAGUGGUAUUGGCGGUGGAGCAGCGGGCGGCCAUUUUGGCAGUGGCAGCGGCAUAGAUGAAUUUGCUGGUACAGAUAAUACGCGACGACGCGAAAGUCUCAACUGCGAGGACACGAGUCCAUGCAGUCACAGCUUCAAUAAGGCCAUUUUUGGACGCACAGCACACAGUCGCACCGGUGUUGGUGGAGGCAUGACAAGGAAAUGUGUGCUGACACUGGAUGGCUACUCUUAUGUUAUAGCCUAUGCCUAUAAGUCGGACCGAAAAUGAUCACUGGAAUCACCGAAAAAAUCAAUACAGAAAC